UUUGUUGCUAGCUGGUGUCGCCGGUGCUUGUGAGUGGAAAGGGCAAGUUCGAUUGCGGCAAUCGCUCUUGUUUCCUUCUGAUGUUGUUGUGCAUGGUUGGUUUCUCUUUAGCUCGAUCACUAUGCUGACUCGAUGGCAGACGUUGCUCGAGGGAUAAAUUAUUGGAACAUGAGUGCAUGACAUAGUUGUUGCCUGGACGUCCAGCUAGUAUGAGCUUGCAUGAAGAAUGAAGUGAUGGUCACUAACGGAAACUACCAGAGCACCGAUUGGCGGACGAGGGGUAAACGCAUCUGUACUUAGUGGGGGAUCAGCCAUUGCCAAAAAUCUCCAGGCUCCCAUUUUCUUCAAAGCUCUCGUUGUUCGUGCCCGAGUAGCACUUGUCCUUCGUCCUCUUCUCUUUGCAAGAACACCAUCUCAAGCAGCAUGUCGCGCUCCAAUGAUCCCAAGAACUUUUUUCAGACAGAUUCCGCCCUCAAUGAAACGGCGCGCAAGGCCUCGAAGUCUAAAAAUACAAAAGGCAGUCCCAUCAAGCUCCCUUCCAAGUUACUAGCCGUGGCGCCCGAUCCGCAACAUGGAGCGCAGAUCUACGUUGCCGAAGCAGCGGGAUGCGUGAAGAGGAUCAUGCUUGAAACUGGUGAAACAAUCAAGACUUUCACCGGGCCGGCCGCGCCGCUGACGUCUGUCGCCGUGUCGCCGACCUCAGACACACUCUUCGCCGGCUGUUGGGACAAAUCGAUAUGGACGUGGUCCAUUAGCACGGGCAAACCUGUGCGUAAGCUUCAAGGCCACUCCGACUUCGUCAAAGCCCUCCUCCUCAUCACGCUACGCGGCGGCAAGGAGCUCCUGGUCUCGGGAUCAGCAGACGCUACCAUCGUCGUGUGGGACGCACAAUCCGGUGAACAGCUCCACAAACUGAAAGGACAUACACGUGGUGUACUAGCUCUGGCUCUGGACUCGUUCGAGCACGAGCCCGGAACCUCAGACACGGCUGUAAUCUUCAGCGCUGGAAGCGACCGCGAGAUCCGCCGCUGGUCCAUCAGCGUUGCUAAUGCCACUCAAGUCACCGAUGAACCCUUCCCUAUCAUCCAGCACGAAACCAAUGUCGACGCCAUCCACUUUGACUCCGAUGGCGACUUAUGGACCGCCUCCGCAGAUCGAUCUGCGAAAUGCCUAUCACGCUCUCACGCGUGGGUCGAGGACUCCUGUUUCGAGCAUCCAGAUUACGUCCGGGACGUCGUUGUCGACGAGGAGGGUGGCUGGCUAGUGACAGCAUGCCGCGACGAGCACGUCCGCGUGUGGGAUAAAGCGACUGGGAAACUUCAUCAUGUGUUUGAGGGUCACUAUGAGGAGGUUACGGGGCUAGUGUUUCUUUCAGGACAGAAAGUCGUUAGUGUGAGCAUCGAUGGAUCAGUCAGGCAGUGGAGUCUCAAGUCUAGAGAGCUAACCGACGCAAUCAAGUUGGCUGAGGAGGAGAAGCAGGGAUUAGUAAAAGAAGAAAAGCCAGAGAAGAAGGAGGGGUUGAUGACUGCGGAUGAGGAAGCUGAGCUUGCGGCUUUGAUGGCGGAUGACGACGAUGAUGAUGAACUCCCUCCACUCGUUGAAUAA